CGCCUGCUCGUCGGCGUCCCAGCCGGAGCAGCCGUCCGCACGGCACUCGUGAAGCGCCUGUGGGCCGGGCCUCCGCCGCCCAACGGCGGCGAGAAGAGGCGGCCGGAGCCCGACCGGCCCCUGCUGCUUCAGCUGCCGGGCGCCACGGAGCCCUGCGCUGCCUUGGCCCCAAUGUUCCUGCACACAGCGAUGAGGUACUACAGGCUAUGGAUCUACACGUGCAACGUGGCACUUCUGCUGAGCGCGCUGGCGUUCUCAGUGGCGGCCGCCUGGGUGCUGUCCGACUACCGAGCGUCCCUGGUGCCAGGCCUGCGGCUGGCCGACCCGACCUUCGUGUACGCUGUGCCUGCGCUGCUACUACAAGGCGGCUUACUACAGGCCCUGGGUUGCCUUGGCGCCCUGCGUAUGAACCAGCGGCUGCUGCACGCGUACUGGGCCCUGCUAUUCGCCCUGCUGCUCGGAGACGCGCUGGCCGGUCUCGCCUGGCUGUUCCGUUACCGCGCACUUGUCGCAGGACUCAGGGCUGGUCUCAUGGACGAGUUCCAGGACGGCUACGGCCUUCGUCCGGGCUACCGACUGCUCUGGGACCGGCUGCAGGCCGAGCAGCGCUGCUGCGGCGUCGACGGACCCGAGGACUACAAUGCCACCGCUUGGCUGCGCGAGCAGCGCAUGGCCCAUCCAUGGAUGAGGCAUCAGGUGCCCGCCUCCUGCUGCCCGGCGGCACGGGCCCAGGCGACGUGCCUGGACCGUGGCACGGGUGCGUACCGCGCGCCCUGUCACGAGGCGCUCCUGAGGUGGCUGCAGCGAAGCGCCGACCUACUCUGUGUGCUCGGCUUCUGCGUGAUGGCGUUCCUGAAGCUGUGCUUCCUCGGCAUCUUGCGGUACGAGAUCCGCGAGAUGAUCCAAAAGAUACGCAUCCUGAGCAGCGACCCUUCCGGGUGCGCCGAGGGCCCCGUCGAUUCCUCGCGCGGCUCCUUCGGCAGCCACAAGGGAGGAGGAGGCGGCGGAGGAGGAGAUUCGGCUCUGCUCCUCGAAAAGCGGACGAAGCCGUCGAACGGGAACAACAACGACGCGCCUUACGACGAGUGCCACCACAAGUCCAGUCCUGUGUGAUGCGGUAGCGCUGCCCCCACGGGAGAAGCUGCACUGAAAUUCAGAACUUCGUGAUGGGUUUUCACAGUGAUCACUAUGUGCUUAUGAGACAAGAUAGAUUGCACGAUCCAGCCACAACGGCUCACCGUGUUGCUCCCGCCACAAGGUGCCGCUCUGGCCAGCCUGAUGCGGCCACUGAACCUUGUGCCGAACAAGUUUCCUUGCUUAGUAUGCUCAUGAUUUGCAGAGUCUGCGUGCAUAAAUUGAGAUUACAUUACACCGAAGUAAAGAGGUGGCUCAUAGUACGGUCGAAUGCCUCAUCUGUUUAAGCUGCAUGGUCGUGACAUGGCUAACGCACUUAACGCCAUGGUCUGUGUAACAGUGUGAUAAGGUGAUAAUAUAAAUAACUUUGUAAAUGACAGGGAGGAAUGCCGCAGAUUGGGGUUGACCUCGCUAAAUCUGGCUGUACAAAGUGUAAUUACUCAUCCAUGCAGCCUACGCCUGAAAAUGAAACAAAAAAAUUGUGUGGUUUCUGCGUUCCUUUCGACGGCUCCCUUAUUUCAGAAACCACAUAAAGACAAAGCACGAGUACUGUCUAACUAGAAACAGGUGACAACAUGUGAACCCGAAAUGUAAGACAGUGCGUGCGUUUACGUAGAGGUGCACUGUUCAGAAGAAAUGCAGGAGCAAAGUGAGAUUCUUUCACGAGAAGAAACAUGGAUCAGAAUGUCUUGUUAUAGUGCACGUCCACGGGAUCUUUUGAGUAUGAGAAAACAAGCUUCUGGAAUUCUGAAUUUACGGUAUCAGACAAAAACUGCGCUGGCUCCAUCUCUUGGUGCUCUUCGGCGUCGAAAAAGAAUUCGGUGCAGGCCUUCUCCCGUGCAGGCUGUGCUCCGGCAGUGCACUCCUCGAGGCUUGUGAUGUGUAGUGCAGCAGCUGACUUUUGGUAUGGUGCGUGCACUCUUGAUGGUUGCUACUAUCACUGUGAACUGAAAUGGACUUGGGUAGACAAGCACGGAGUGUUUGCUACAUUGAAGCUGUCGCUCGUUUCUCUUCUCACAAUUGCGAUCUUGUGCGGACGGCGUACGCAUACACUGGCCUUAAGAGUUUGACGGAGGAUAAGAAAGCAAAGUAUUACCGAAGCUGUCGCGAAGACUAAUAUUAGGUAACAUGUGUUAUUCAGCGAUAAAGUGCUCUGUUUAGUUUUGAGAAUGACAAAGUUGGAGAAAGCCAUUGAAUGCCAGACUUCAAAAUCGUAGAAUAAUCAUUACUUCUUGGCUACAACAAUUUUACGUACCUAAUCAUCCCGCUGUGGUUUCAUUGCUCAAUGUUUCUAAGAAGUUAUAAAGAACGAUAAAUGGAGGAUUCGUUCAACUUCCUGAAAUACCAUUCACAACAAUGUGUGAUUAUUAAAGAUGUUUAAUUUCUGAUUCCCACUCCACUGUAGGGCAAGAAAACACGACAUAAUGGUAUAUAAGAGUUGAUAAAAAUGCGGAAGUGGGAGCGUGACGCUAUCACAGAUAACUAUAUAACAGAUAAUAGAUAUCACAGUAUUGGGAAAGAUUCGCGCCUUAUGAUUUUGACACGGUGGUUAACAUGUUCAGACGACCACGUCAAACUGAUAUGAUUCCUGCGUUUACGUCAUUGAGGCGGGUCGCAUGAACAGUAGGCUUUGUAGUCACGUUUGAUGCAGCGACAUUCCAUUCUGUAGCGUAGGGCCUCAUAAUACGAUGAAGAAUAUGUUGUAGGUAAAUUUUGCGUGUAUUCUUUAUGUAGAGGCAUGCACGAAGUUUGCAAUGACAAUAUGUUGUUCUUACAGUGUUUAUCGUUAUGUUUAUGUUCUUGCCGGUGUCAAUGAGUCUACCCGAUGCAUUAUAUAAAUAG